CAAGAAGCUUCACACGUACUUCCCCGAAGAUAACAAAGUGGCUUCAACCUUACGACCAAGCGUAAAGAAAUCCCACGUCAACUAUCACUCGCGCGCGCCACCGCCACCUCCCCACCCACCAACCGGCGACGGGAGCUCCCUCGCACCCUCCAAAACCGCAUCCCACCACCACGCGCGCACGCAACCGCGGCCAGAUCCGUCGACGCCUCCACCCGCAACCAUCCAAUCCCGCACACAGCGAUGGAAGUGAAGCUGCACGCGGCGCGGACGCUGGUGGGCCGGCUGCGGGGCGCGGCGGCGGUGCGGGACGCGGGCGCCACGGCGGCGGCCGUCGCGGAGCUGCGGCGCGCCUCCAAGGACGACCCGGAGGUGCGCGCGCCGCUGGCGGACGCGGGCGCCGUGCCGUUCCUCGCGUCGCAGCUCACGGCGCCCUCCACGUCCGCCGCCGCCGAGGACGCGGCCGCCGCGCUGCUCAACAUCUCCCUCUCCGCGCGGGAGCAGCUCAUGUCGGCCCCGGGGAUCCUCGACGCGCUCGCCCGGGCCAUCCGGGCCGAGGACUACGCAGCCGCGCACCACGCCGCCGCCGUCGUCGCCAGCCUGCUCUGCGUCGACGCCUACCGCCCCAUCGUCGGCGCCAAGCGCGCGCUCCUCUCCGCGCUCGUCUCGCUCCUCCUCCCCUCCAAGGCCCGCGGCACGCGCGCCACCAAGGACGCCCUGAAGGCGCUCUUCGGCGUCGCGCUCUACCCGCUCAACCGCGCCGCCCUGGUGGAGCUCGGCGUCGUGCGGGCGCUCUUCGGGCUCGUGAUGACGGACGGGCGCACGGGCAUCGUCGAGGACGCCACCGCAGUCGUCGCGCAGGUGGCCGGGUGCGCCGAGAGCCUCGACGCCUUCGCUGCGGUGUCCGGGGUGCGCAUCCUCGCGGACCUCGUCGAGCCCGGGGGCGCCGCCACGGGGCGGGCCAGGGAGAACGCGGCCGCCGCGCUGCUGAACCUCGUCAUGGCCGGCGGCGAGCGGGCCGUGGCGGAGGUGCUGGACGUGGGCGGCGCCGAGGAGGCCGUGAGGGAGCUGGCGGAGGACGGCGAGGCCAGCCCCAGGGGGAAGGCCAAGGCGGAGGCGCUGCUGAGGGCGCUCGAGGAGGGCGCCGCCGGCGCCAGGCGUCGGCAUGAGCACCGGUUCGCGGAUUUCCUAAACGGGCUCGUGGUGUCCGACCCCUACUUCUCGUCGCCGGCGUCGGCCACCACCCCCGACGACGCGUCACGCGUUACGCUUGGCUGACACUGCACGCACGUACGUACGUGUCUAAUUAAUUUGCACGCUGGUAGUAUACUUCUGUGUUGUUGAUCAGCUGAUGUACAUACUACAGUACCGUAGUAAUGCUCGUACACUAAUGGUUAUUCGAGGAGAUUCUUCCGUACAUUCACAAGAAAUUUCAGAGACUGAUUUUGAAUUAUUGUUUUGUAAAAAAAAAUCAGAUUCUUUUA